AUGAGUACUCCCGCCAAACGGAAGGCCGGGACGCCAUUGUCCGAUGUUCAACCUGAAGCCAAGCCAACAGCUCCUGGUCCCUCAUCCCUUGGCCCCAAGGAGAAGUCACCUACUCCUGGCCCCGCACCUCCUCAAGCCAAGGGAACAUCAACACCAUCCAGUCCCGGAGCGCCAGCGGCCGACCAGUCUGCUGCCCCUGAUCUGAUGUCUGGUGCACAUUGGCUGCAACAACAGCUUAAUGAAGCAGACGACGACGAAGAUUCAACACUCGGAAGUGAUGCUGAAAGCUCGACUGCCUCCGUUUCUUCCAGUAUCUUCAACUACCGUACUUUGCACGGUCGAACCUAUCACAGCGAGUCAGUAACCGACAAUGAAUACUGGGGCCCUAACGACUCAAAGCACAUUGAUGCUUUGGAUAUCUACUACCAUGGCGCGUGGCUAAUGCUCGGCGAAAAGCUUCAUCAAGCCCCUAUCAAAGGAGACGAGAUUAAACAUGCUGUAGAUAUCGGUACGGGAUCAGGAUUGUGGGCUAUCGACUUUGCUGAUAAGUACACUACCUGCGCGGUCAUCGGUACUGAUAUCUCGCCCAUUCAACCCGGUUGGUGCCCUCCAAAUUUGGACUUCCAGAUCGACGAUGCAACAAAGCCAUGGACGUUCAAGGGGAACCACUUCGACUACGUACAUAUCAUGUUCAUGAAUGGCUCCAUCGCAGAUUGGGACGCUAUCUACCAAGAGGCCUACCGGUGCUGCAAGCCUGGUGGUUGGAUUGAGCACGUUGAUGUGGCGUCUAUCAUCAGGUCUGACGAUGACAGCAUCAUCCCCGGAUCUGCCAUCGAUCAGUACGGAAAGAUUCUGGUCGAGGCCGGAAAGAAAUUCGGCAGAAGCGCGUCGGUCGCUGAAGAGGGGAAAAUGGAGUCCGGCAUAAAGGAUGCUGGGUUCGUGAACCAGCACGUGAAGACAUUCAAGAUGCCCACGACCGGGUGGCCAGAGGAUCCUGCGCAGAAGCAAGUCGGCCUCUGCGGCUACGCUGCAGUCGCGUCAGACGUCGAAGGUGCUAUCCAGUUCCAUUUCGGUCAGAUCAUGGGCUGGAGCAAGGAAGAAAUCUCGGCUUUUGGUGCCCAACUUCGUAAGGAAUUCAAGGAAGGAAAGCAACAUGGAUAUUGGCCCUGGAAGUGUGUGUAUGCGCAAAAGCCGCUGGACGCCUAA